AUGCCAGAUAUAUUAUAUUUGAUAGAGUGCUUUGAAGGAUUUGGUCCACAAUGCAAAGGAAUUUAAUUGACUGGGAAAGAAUACUUGCAAUAGUUUUUCAGAGUGAUUACUAAUAAACACUUAGAGGGUUUCAUUGCAAUUAAAAUCAUACUAACCAUUCAUUUGAUUCUCUAUGAAUUCCAAUUAGGAGAUUCUAUUGCAGAAUAGAUGAUAAAAGAAGGAUCAGCACUUCAUGUCUAAUAAAAUUAAGAAUUCAGUUUAUUUGUUUAAAAUUAUCUGAUGUAUUUAUUGAAAUUAGCCUAAAAUUUAAAAUUGUUUUAUGCUUGUAAAAUAGGUUAGUAUCCAAUUUUUGAUCAAGACUAAAUAUCAACUGAUGGUUAAGGAUCUACAAGAGAUCAGCAAUAUUAAUAAUUUAAGAUUCCAAAAAGAAACAGUAAUUUUCGUGGUACAUAAUUGCAAUAUAGGGAUUAUCAACAGAGAAAAUUAGAAUUGAAUAAGCAAAAAUAGAUGGGAAGCAUUACGAUAGAAUAAAAAAUAUUAUAUUUAUUUAAGCUGCACAAUUUGCUAAAUUAAUGCAUACAGGUAUUGGAUUUAUGCAUAAAUUCAUUGAAACAAAUAGAAAAUAAAGAUUCCAAAAAUAUUUUCAUUGAAACUAGUUGUGUUCUUUGGAAUGAUUGCAUGGUGAUGUACAAGUUUUCUACAUAAGAAAUUUGCCAAUUAAUUGAUUCAUUUAGAACCUUACCACCAUAAUUGUUACUUUAAAUUCAAUAAAUAUAUUUGGUAACUAUAAACUCUUCAACUUAACUAAAAUAAUUAUAUAACAAUAGAAAUUAUUUCGAUUCGCAAAACAUUAUAAAAUAACCAUAUUGGUUUGAGGAAAAUAAGAAUCUUUCUUAAGAAAUCUAAAAUAGGAUAAUUGAUAAUAAAAUGCUUAGAAUACCAGAUUCAACUAAGAGUCUAAAUUAUGCGCAGACUCCUUAAACAUAAUAAAACUAAAAAUCACCAACUAAUAUUCCUUAACCAUUCACUUCAAGAAUAGGGAAUUCUUACAACUCAACAACAACUACUAUACCCUCACAACCAUAUUUCAAAGCAAAUUAAAAAUUGUAAUAACAAUAAACAAAAUAUUUUGAAACUUAAUAAUCUAUCAGCACGAGAACAAAAAGCCACUUUGGAAGCAUAUUCUCUGAUGAAUAAUUAACUAUUUCUUCAAAAGAAUCUUCAAAACUAUAAUAACAAUUUUGA